ACUUGAUCAUCAUCAUCAGUCACACUCCGGUACACGAAAUCUCGGCUCAAUCGACUUCCCACAACUCCCACCACACUCUUCAUCACAAUGGCCGGCACCACCGCUGUUAAGCCCAUCACGGGUAUGCUGCGACGCAACCUCGUUCUCGACCUCGGCAUUGCUCUCGGUCUCGGCUUUGCCAUGGCCAACGUCUACUGGUACGGCUUCCACAUGCCACGCACGAACGCCCGCGACAGCUACUACGCCAAGCUCGAGCAGCAGAAGGCCGAGGCCCGUGGCCAGAAGGCAUAAGCGACAAGGACGAUAGGGUAUGACGAACGAGGCAGCUGAGUGAGAAGAGCGAUCUGUUAGAUUGGGCGACGGGAGCGAGAGGGCAUCUGCGGUCUUAGACAAGAUACGGGCUUCAUCAGCUGAUCGACCGACCCCGAUUGUACCAUACACACCAUCAAAUCGAGCCGAAAGUUUUCUUUUCUCCAGGGUGCUGCGCUCGGUGCCUGGUCUACAUACAAGGCUAUUGCUGCUGUUCUCGUUAUGCUACCUUGUAACCGACUACAGAUGGGGAUUAAGGGCCUAGCGCUGCAGGAUGACGAAGAGGAAGAGGCAGACAGUUUGGUCAGUUCUGAGGUUCGCGUUGGAAGAAAUCAACCUAAAAAGGCGUUGUGACUGUUUUCCUGGGCUGUCUAUUCUGUAAUCAUUAGCUGCGAAUGGAUGCGACAGGGCAUCAUCGACUGGUACCGCGAAAAUCAAUGUCGCAGCAGU